AUGGGCCUCACCGUCUCCUCCCUCCUCUCCCGCCUCUUCAGCAAGGUGCACAUGCGCCUUUUGAUGGUAGGAUUGGACGCUGCUGGCAAGACGACCAUUCUGUAUAAACCGAAGUUAGGGGAGAUGAUAGUCACCACCAUUCCUACCAUUGCUUUUAAUGUGGAAAUAGUAGAAUAUAAGAACAUUCGUUUCACAGUAUGGGGUGUUGGUGGUCAAGACAAAAUCAGGCCUCUCUGGAGGCAUUACUUCCAAAAGACCCAGGGUCUUAUUUUUGUGGUAGAUAGCAAUGAUCGUGAAAGAAUUCAGGAAGGAGCCGACGAGCUGCAGAAAAUGCUUCAGGAAGAUGAAUUGAGAGAUGCAGUGUUGCUGCUUUUUGCAAACAAACAGGAUUUGCCAAAUGCUGUGGCCAUUAGUGAAAUGACAGAUAAAUUAGGUCUUCAGUCUCUUGGUAACAGAAGGUGGUAUGUUCAAGCCACUUGUGCUACACAAGGAACUGGUCUGUAUGAGGGACUUCACUGCCUAUCAAAUGAGCUUUCAAAACGUUAAAUGAAACUGGAUUAUCUAAC